GAAAUUCUCAGGAAAGGAAAAUCGGAGAGAGCGAACUUUCGAUCUGCCAACCUCAAUCAACCGACAAAAGACCAUCCGUUUUUGCAGGCCUUAAUUCCAACCUGGUGCGUUGACGGCUUCACUCCAUUCCUUUUCUUGAAAUAAAAUCUUACUAACCUUCCUUCCCACCGACAGUCAAGAUGGGUGCCCUCAAGUACGUCGAAGAGCUUCAGAAGAAGAAGCAGUCGGAUGUCCUGCGAUUCCUCCUCCGAGUCCGCUGCUGGGAGCUCCGUCAAUUGAACGUCAUCCACCGCGCUUCUCGCCCUUCGCGCCCCGACAAGGCCCGCCGUCUCGGUUACAAGGCCAAGCAGGGAUACGUUAUCUACCGUAUCCGUGUCCGUCGUGGUGGUCGCAAGCGACCUGCCCCCAAGGGUGCCACCUAUGGCAAGCCCACCAACCAGGGUAUCAACCAGCUCAAGUACCAGCGAUCCCUCAAGUCCACCGCUGAGGAGCGUGUCGGCCGCCGCUGCGCCAACUUGCGCGUCCUGAACUCGUACUGGAUCAACCAGGACUCCACCUACAAGUACUACGAGAUCAUCCUCGUCGACCCCCAGCACAAGGCCAUCCGCAAGGAUCCCCGCAUCAACUGGAUCGUCGCCCCCGUCCACAAGCACCGCGAGUCCCGUGGUCUCACCGCCACUGGCAAGAAGUCCCGUGGUCUCAACAAGGGUCACCGCUACAACAAGACCAAGGCUGGCCGCAGAAAGACCUGGAAGCGCCACAACACCCUGUCCCUCUGGCGCUACCGAUAAACGGUUCGCUGACAGGUGUGUGGAGGCGACUGCUGAAAAGGAGCAAGUUUGUGCAUGGGCAUUUGGCAAAAUCAAUUUACGAUGGAGUAAGGUCCUGCUUCAUGGUCUGGUUCAUAUGCUGAGUAGAAUCGGCCGGAGUCACGUUACGUAUUUCAGAAUGGAAUGAAAAUGAAUUCCUACGACAACAACAAAAUUUCACGUUAACUUCUGGCCUCG